UGAAACCGUUGUUUGUACACUUGUUUCUUUGUUCCUUCAAUUCCACCACUUUAUUACCCUUUUCCCAUUACCUCCUAAAACCAAACAGAGAAAAAAAACACAAAGAUAUACUCGAUUAAGAUAGAGAAGAGGACAGUGGAACAUGAGAAUGAGAUAGAUAGAAUUGAUGUUGAAGAAAGAAACACAAGAUCUAUUUUCUUAUUGUUUGUCAGAGUUGACCAAAACCACUUCGUACAUAAAAACAAACAAGAAAGUACUAUGAAGAUGUGUCUGUCCCUCUCUUCUUAACCUUUGUUUGCGGCCAAGAAAAGAAAAGAUUUCUCAUUUUGUUUCAACUCCACUUUCUCUCACCAGGUUCCUUAAUUCUCUUCUCUCUCUUUCUCUCUCCUUCUUAUCAGAUCUUACAUGUGAAUUAAGGUGUUGUGACAGUGAUUACGGUCGUGGCAGUGUGAAUUAAUCUUAAUCACAGUUUAUUCUUUAUUAUAAAAACGGUGAAUAACUUUAUGUGCAUCGGCAUCUUCCAAUACCGUUUUGUCGCGAUUGUUUUCGUGGCAGUGAAAGCUUGGGAGAGCUUUUGUUUCUUUUUCUUUUCGAGAUAGGAGAUUUUAUGGAUGAAAUAGGAAUUUCGGUUUGAGAUCUUUCGGGCAAAGUCCAGUCUUUGAACUACCAAUAGUUGCAAAACUGGGGUAAGAAUGUCUACUGAGUCAGUUCCCAAACCUCGAUUCGUAUUGUGUCCUAAAUGCUGGCAGCUUCUUCAAGAGGCUCCGAAUUUGGAUUUGUACAAGUGUGGUGGGUGUGGCACGACUCUUCAAGCUAAGAAAAGAAAAAGUAAAGCUGCGAACUCAGAAUCCAGCUCAAAUGAGACUGAUGCAGCUCCUGGAAAUGCGUCGGAUCUUAGUCCUCGAGAGAAUGUUUUGAGGGAAAAAGCAACCAGCUGUUCCUCUGCGGAUUGUUCUUCUGAGCGAAAUGAAGGAAGGGAUCAAAUCGAAAAUGGCGAGUGCAAUGGAGAAAACCUGGUUACUACUCGAGAGAAUGGUUUAAGGGAAACAACUUUUUCUUUACCGGGAGAAUGUUCUUCGGAGGGAAAUACUGAAAGGGGUCAAAUUGAAAAUGGCGAUUACAAUGAAGAGCAACCAGUUAUCUCUCAGGAGAAUGGUUUGAGGGAAAAAGAAACUGGCCCUUCCUCAGGUGAAUGUUCAUCGGAUGGAAAUAGAGAAAGAGAUGGAAAUAGUGAAAGGGGUCAAAUUGAAAACGGUGAAUGUGAUGAAGAGCAGCUUGGACCGUUGAAUUUAUCAGAUGAAGAACCAGAAAACGCGAUGGAUAUCAAUAAGUUAUCAGAUAUCAGAAGGCGUGCAGUGUCCAACGAAGGUUGUUCGAAUGAGCUUCCACAAUGUGAUAUUGAGGCCCCAGCCGAAUCGAUGGCAGACAAUUCAGUAGAAAAGGUAAAUGAGACUAACUUAAAACUAGAAGAAGAGCAAAGUAAUGGAAGCAUGCCAUUAGAAGGAGCAGGAAAUCGGUUAGUUAGUGCAUUGGAAAGAGAAGAUGCAAGCGAUGAAAUAUCAGAUCUAGUAGAGGUGAAGUCUGAAGCAGACAUCAGUGAAAGUGAUUUAGAAGUGGCGGGAGAGUUCAAUAAUGGAAACUUGUCACAAGAAGGAGCAGACCAGAAGUCAAUUUUUAGAUCUGAUGGACAGUGUGUCAAUAAUGAGAAACUGGCUCUAGUUGGUGAAAGCCUAGCAAAAGAUGUUGACGAGACCGAUAAGGAAGACUCGAAAGAAUUACAAAGAACAGAAGUGGACACUGGUGGAAAUGCAUUUACAGCCAAAAAGUUGAGUACUGAGUACAUUGAGUCUGAAAAAAGAAGCAUUUUAUGUGUUUCUCCUCGAGAACUUAAAGUAGGUACAUCUGAUAAUCAUGCAUCUUCUCCUGAAAAUAUCCGCCAUAGCUUUGACCGUGUAAUGUCUGCAGAUACGUUUGACGAUACAGAAGUCAAUAAUCUCGGUUUGAAGAUUAGUGGUUCACCGGGAGAUUUGACUAAAUCUCCAACCACAAGAAGUUCUCAUGCUUAUGAUGGUAGUGUUUCUUCUAAUGACGGGACGAACGAGCGGUCCCUCGGUCAAAAUUUAUAUUCUUUUGAGGGAGGUUCCAGAAAGGGAAAAAGUGUUGUUGUUAAUAGCAUGGUAUAUGAAGACGUUCAAACGCAAUAUCAAAAUGAGGUGCUGGAGACGAUAAGACAUGAUCAUGCACAUCGGAUGAGAACAAAACAAGACGAGUUUCCGUUCAAAAUGCCUCUCCAUGGAAAUUUUUCCCAAUCUGGCUACGAAAGUGGUAGUCCAUCGAAUCAAAUAUACGACGAGCUCUACCUCAGUUCAAGCUAUGUUUCACCUGACUCUGUUGAGGACCCUGAUCAGGAGAAGAUGAAACUGUUGAGAAUGGUUUAUAAACUGCAGGAUCAGCUCAACAGAACCAGGGAAACAUAUGAAAGACCAUCCGUGGUAAGUCGUAAUUCUUCACUCCAAAGCCACGAUUUUAAUGAAGGAAGAUUUUAUCAUGGUUUAGAUUACCCUAGUGUGGAUGCAAAUUCAAGCUACAAUCAUGGGAUCAACAUGCACCAAAGGCGGCAUAACUUUUCAGGAAUACCGCCGGGCAAUGCACACUAUGUUGAUCAUCCUAGUUUCAAUUGCUAUCCUCAAGAACAGCAACGCUUCGGAAAUUUUCCUUCGCAUUUUCCUUACCAGCGUGAAGAUCUUUAUAGGCCCCAUCCGGCACAUAGCCGCGUCUUAUCUCAGCAUUCUUAUCCUUCAAGUCCACAACGGUUAAUGACCAGACAUGUACAUGGCCGUGAAACAAAAUCUUGUGAUCAGAGAUACAGGGCUCCCGAGAUGAACUAUACAAGGGAAAAACCAAACGUUACGAAGAGACAUUACAGGCCAGUAGCAGGUGGAGCGCCGUUUAUCACUUGUCUUAAAUGCUUAAAUCUUCUGCAACUUCCUGCAGAUUUUCUUCUCUUCAAAAGAGUAUGUCAUAAGCUCAAAUGUGGUGCAUGUCAAGAGGUGCUUAAAUUUUCUAUACAGAAUAGAACUCAUAUAGUUUCUUAUGCUCCAAACACUAUUGACCCUGUAUCAUAUUCCGAUGAUUAUGGCCGUUCUGUAAGUAAAAGCCACUCCUCAGAAGGAGAUCCUGUUUCUGUAGCACCAUUUCAUCACUCGCACAGUGGUGCACACGGUAAUCCAAGAGUCUCUCCCACUACCGUUGAAGCUAUAACCGGGAAUGAGAAGGAGAAAAGCAUCGAUUCAAGAGGACCUAGCACAAGUAAGACUACAUCCAUUAAGUCAUCAGAAAUAGAGGAACCACAGUCACAGCCAAAAGCUUCGGCACUUCAUCAACUCAUGGGUUAUUCCUCUCCAAGUCUAGUGAUAAGAGGUGAUUCGUCCUCUGCUGAAGGAAAAAAGGCCAUGCUCAGUGGAGAACAUUAAUCUCCAACAGAGCUGAAAAUUGAAUUUGUUGAAUCUAACUUGAAGCUGGGAAUGCAAGAAAAGAAUUCUUUAUUCAAAUUUGAGAUAUAGUGAUGAAGCAUCGCUACAAUGAUGUAUUUUUUUUUUUUUAACUAUAUGGUGUUUUGAACAAGGGUAAUAGGAGUGACUUCUUGCUCAUUAUAGAGUGUUUUGUUAUUCAACUUUCUUACUGUU